AUUUGAUGUGCUUAAGAGUUUGUUAAGCGACGGUGACUGCAUAGCAGCAUACAUCGCGCAUAUCUGAUACCCGGUUUAGAUAUUUGUUUGUUUUGCAGCCCUGGUUUACUGCACCGGUGCGAUGACUUUUAGAUUUUCGUGUUGAACUUUGCCGUCGUGUCGCUUUUAGUUUUUCUUGGCCCGUGCUGCCAUUUACUAUAGAUUAUAUUGUUUAAUUAGUGGAAAGGGCGGGUCCAACACAUACGUACGUAGCCAUGGGUCUGCUGAAGGCGUUGCGUGUGAGGAUCAUGAAUUUCAUGAUUUUCUUUCUAAUUAUCAUUUUGCUGCCGGGUCUGCCCCCACGCACCACUUUCCCCUAUAAAGAUUUCACCGUUGCCCCGCCCAAAGAACUUAAGGGCGCCCUUGAGUCCAACUUUCACCUGGAGGGCGCCGAGCGUUUGCUGGAGAACCGCGUCUACGGCCCAGAGUGCCUGAUUGCGCGCAACAAUGAGAUCUACACUGGCCUACAUGGCGGUGAGGUCAUCAAGUUAACCUCGAACCACGUCACGCAUGUGGCCAAGUUCGGCCAGCCCUGCGCGGAAGUCUAUGAGGAGGCGCAGUGUGGUCGUCCGCUGGGCAUGGCAUUCGACACACAGGGAAAUAAUCUGAUCGUUGCCGACGCCUACUAUGGACUGUGGCAAGUUGACCUGACCACGAACCAAAAGAAACUAUUGGUGUCGCCGGCUCAAGAGUUGCCUGGCAAGAGCAUUAACCGCCGUGCCAAGACUUUCAAUUCUGUGGCCGUCAGCAAAGAGGGCGAGAUCUACUGGACCGACUCCUCUUCAGACUUUACCAUACAAGAUUUGGUCUUUGCCUCGUUCGCUAAUCCGUCUGGACGUCUAUUCAAAUACAAUCGGGCCAAGAAUGUGAGCGUGGUUCUGCUGGACGAGCUGUUCUUUGCCAACGGCGUUGCGUUGAGCCCAAACGAAGACUUCAUCGUGGUCGCCGAGACGGGCGCUAUGCGUCUGACAAAGUAUCACUUGAAGGGCGCCAAGGCUGGCGAGAGCGAGGUCUUUGUAGAGGGCUUGCCCGGCUUGCCCGAUAAUUUGACGCCCGACGCCGAGGGUAUAUGGGUGCCUAUAGUGUCUAGUGCCGAUAGCGAGCAUCCCAACAGCUUCUCGCUCUUCUCACGCUUCCCCAGCAUACGUCUGUUCCUGGCCCGUAUGCUAGCGCUCUUUGAGCUGCCUUUCCGCUACAUUAAUAGCGUGUAUCCCAACAAAUUCUCGCAGCGCUUUGUUCACUUUGUGGGACAUGGUGAGAUGGCCAUGCUGCUGGCGCCCAAGCGCACCACUGUGGUUCGCGUGGACUGGAAUGGCAAUAUUGUCGGCUCGCUGCAUGGCUUCGAUAAGUCCGUUGUGGGCGUUUCACAUGUGCUGGAAUUCCAAGAUUACUUGUAUCUAGGCUCGCCCUUCAAUCAAUAUUUGGCACGCGUCAAGUCUCCAAAGGCGGCCAAGCAGCCCACCGUUAAAGUGCGCAAUGUGCGCGUCGAGGGUGAGGGUCUGGAGGCCUCCGUUGGUGCACCGCCACCUGCAACCACUGCCAAGCCCAAGGCAGCACCAAAACCCAGCACCACCACCACGACUACGACCACCACACAGAAGCCACAGACUACCACUACCAAGAAACCAACGACGACAACUACAACAACUACGACAACUGCCAAGCCAAAGACCACCGCGGCUAAGCCAACCACAACAACAACAACAACUACAACAACAACGACGCCCAAGCCGGCAACAAAGAAACCAACCACCACAACAAAAACAACAACAACAACAACCACCACUGCAAAGCCGGAAACAACAAACACAAAGCGCAAAGUGCCAAAGCAGCCGGCGCCUAUUAAGGAAGAGAUUCCCGGGGACACCAAGCUACCGCAAACGGAAAAGCUUAAGGUGAUCAAUAAGCAGGGCGCCCACGUGGAGCUCUAAGAGCGGCUGCACUGUCUUGAGUU